GAAAAUUUACUUUUGUGGUUCUGGCAGCUCUUGCUCGUCAUUUAUAGGCUUCUCCGACACGACGCAGCCUUCUGUACAAAAGUGUUUCCAUGCACAGAAUCUACACCCCGAGGGUUUGUUCUCAACUCCGACAUACAAAUUUCAGCCGUUUUGGGCAAUCCAAUCAACAUUGUACUUUGUAGACAAAGUUAACACUAUGAUCAAACCGCCGUUGGGUGUGGGGUAUGGGUACGGCAUCGUUCUCGGUCUGGGCUUUCUCUUUGCGUUUGGAAUGAUGUUAAUCACUUGGAUUUUGAGGAGGUAUAACAACGAGUUGCAGACCAGUGAACUAUUCAGCACCGCUGGUCGAACGGUCAAAUCGGUGCUUGUUGCUUCUGCAGUGGUGUCCUCGUGGACCUGGGCCGCGACGUUAUUAACAUCAUCGGGUGUCGCGUACAGAUAUGGUGUCUCUGGGCCUCUAUGGUACGCUUCUGGCGCCACGGUACAGAUUCUCUGGUUUGCAACUCUUGCAAUAGAAUUGAAAAGGAGAGCCCCCAAUGCUCACACAUUUCUGGAAGUCAUUCGUGCCCGCUACGGAAUAUACACACACAUCGUCUUCAUCGUUUUCGGUCUAAUGACAAAUAUUCUAGUCACUGCUAUGCUUCUUAGCGGAGGGUCUGCGGUAGUCACAUCCCUUACAGGCAUGCCCACCACGGCAGCAUGCUUCCUGUUACCGGUCGGAGUUGUAAUGUAUACUCUCUUCGGCGGGAUCAAGGCAACAUUUUUGACAGACUAUGUCCACACAUUUACGAUCCUGAUAAUCAUAUUCAUUUUCGCAUUUACAGUAUAUGCAACAAGUCCUAUUCUCGGAUCUCCUGGCGCCGUUUGGGAGCUUUUACAGAAAGCAGCUCUCGAGCACCCCGUGGCCGGGAACGCGCAAGGAAGCUAUCUGACAAUGCAAUCCAGAGAAGGAAUCAUAUUCUUUGUUAUCAACAUAGCAGGCAACUUUGGUACUGUUUUCUGUGACAAUGGGUACUACAACAAAGCAAUUGCUGCCCAUCCUGUCUCCGCUCUUCCUGGCUACAUAAUGGGUGGGCUUAGCUGGUUUGCUAUCCCAUGGCUCUGCGCUACAACGAUGGGACUCAGCGCCUUGGCCCUAGAAGGAAAUCCCGCUUUUCCCACAUAUCCAAACAGAUUGUCAGAUGCCCAAGUCAGCGCCGGACUAGUGUUACCAAAUUCUGCUGUCGCUCUACUUGGCCAAGGGGGAGCAAUUUGCACUUUGUUGAUGGUCUUCAUGGCAGUAACGUCAGCCUCAUCUGCUGAACUGAUUGCUGUAUCAACUAUCUUCACCUACGAUAUCUACCAGACUUAUUUCGAUCCUGAGGCGCCGGGUCAUCGUCUAAUUUAUGUUGCACACGCUUCCGUUAUUGGAUUCGGCAUUUUUAUGGCUGGAUUCGCCACUGCUCUCUUCUAUAUUGGGAUAUCAAUGACAUACUUAUAUCUGAUGAUGGGUGUUAUUGUAUCCUCUGCGGUCAUUCCUGCAACUCUCACUCUCAUGUGGAAACGACAAAACGUGGUCGCUGCAACUGCCACACCUAUUUUGGGGCUGUUUUGCUCUCUGACAGCAUGGUUGGUGACCGCGAAGAGAGAGAGUGGGAGCCUUUCUGUUGCCUCUACAUAUGCCAAUAAUCCAAUGCUGGCGGGUAAUGUGGUUGCUCUCCUGUCGCCUGUUCUUUUCAUUCCGAUACUCACCUACGCUUUCGGCGUGGAUAACUAUGACUAUAAGUCUAUGGAAUCCAUUCGCAGAGGUGAUGACUCCGAUAUCGCCGCAGGAAAUAUACAUCUCGAGCUCGUACCUGGCGCUACCAAUCCUCCGGAAGUGACAGCCCGCGAUGAAAGGGCAAUGCUCAAACAUGCGUCAAAGAUAGCGAAAGCAACCACGGCGGGAAUGACCCUAAUUUUGCUCAUCCUCUGGCCAAUACCUCUCUAUGCUUCCGGUUACGUCUUCAGCAAGCCAUUUUUCACGGGAUGGGUGGUGGCGGGUAUCAUGUGGCUCUUUUUUUCAUUCUGCUGUGUGGGAUUGUUUCCACUGUGGCAGGGACGUCGAGGCCUAAUCGCUACUUUCAAGGCAAUCAAACUCGACUUCAACACGUCCCGAGAGGCGAGAAAUCCACAUUCAGAUAACAGGAGGGGUCGGGGUUACCGUGAAAGUCUGGAUCUAUCUAUUGACUCCUGAAAGACUGAUCUAACAUUAUACUAUCCUUCACACUUUUGAUGAUUUAUGUAUGUGACUUUGCUGGUCUAGAGAGCG